CAAAUAGUAAUACAAAUGGGUAAUACAAAUGUGCGCAAUUUAUUGAAUUUCGUUCAAUUCAUAAAUUUUUUUUUUCUUUUACUUUUAAUAAUUCUCGAGUAACAUAGUUAUUUAUUUAUAUAACUAAAAUUAAAAUUAUAAAUUCACAACUCAAAUUAAUUAAUAUGGAUGAAAAGCCAAAAAAUUUAUGGGAGUAUGAUGAUAAAUAUCAGAGCCAUGUUACAAUUUCUACUAUUGAUUCAACUAUUGAAUCAGAAAAUGUAGAUGAAAGAAUAGUUUAUAUAGAAGAUUUAGAAAAAAGAAGACAAGUAUAUGGAAUAUGUGGAGAAUGUAAAGAACCUGGCACAGGAGAAUAUUGGUGUCAAUCUUGUAAUGCUAAAAGAUUUAAGGAUAACUUUAAAAAUUGGACUAGUGGAAAUAAACAUAUUGACGAAUUUAUACAACAAUCACAACUUAAUGCUGUACAUAAUGAAAAAUGUCUUGAAUGGAUACCUUUUGAAAAAUUUCAAAAUGUCACUUAUAUUGCAGAAGGUGGUUUUGGUAAGAUUUAUUCAGCAGAAUGGCUUGAAGGAAAUAUUGAAUAUUGGGAUAUUGAAAAUCAAAAGUGGUAUAGAUAUAGUUAUAAAUGUGCAUUAAAAAGUUUGAAUAAUUCUUCUGAUAUAUGUUCAGAUUUUUUAAAUGAGAUUCAUCUUACUGAUAUUGUUCAAUGUUAUGGAAUUACUCAAGAUCCAAAUAAUAAAGAGUAUAUGAUGGUUUUAUAUUAUUGUAGCUUUGGAAAUUUGAGAGAUUAUUUAAAUAAAUCUAAAAAUUAUAUCAAUUACAAAUCAAAAAUUGAUAAAUUACAACAAAUUGCAAGAGGACUUCUAGAUGUUCAUAAUUCUGGGAAAGUUCAUAAAGAUUUUCAUUCAGGCAAUAUAUUAUAUAAUGGUGUUAACAACCCAUAUAUAAGUGAUUUAGGUAUGUGUCAACCAGCAAAUAUAAAGCAACCAGCUAAAGAAGAAGGAAUUUAUGGAGUAUUACCAUAUAUGGCACCAGAAGUUUUACGCGGAUACCAAUAUACAAAAGCAGCAGAUAUUUACUCAUUUGGAAUAAUAAUGAAUGAAUUUCUUUUUGAAGAAAUUCCUUUUAAUGAUAUUCCUCAUGAUGAGUUUUUAGCUAUUAAAAUAUGUAUGGGACUUAGACCAACAAUUUCUAAUGAUGUACCAAAGUUACUUACAGAUUUGAUAAUAAAAUGUUGGGAUGCUGAAAUAGAAAAUAGACCAACCACUAAAGAAUUGUAUCAGAUAUUAACAAAAUGGAAUGAUGAAAUUAGAAAAUAUAAUGCUAAAGAUAGUGAAAAUGGUGACAAUAGUCAAAAUAGUGAAAUAUAUUCUCAAAUAAAAGAAUGUGAUAAAAUUAGAAAAGAAAGAUUCAAAAAUAGGUCAAAUGUAGAUAAAUCCAAAAGCUUCCAAACACACCCACAAGCAUUUUAUACUAGUAGACUUUUAAAUUUUAAAAAUCUUCCAAAACCAGUAAAUUCUUCAGAUUUAUUAUCAUCUUUUCAAUUCAGUUCAGAACUAAAGGAAAUUUGUCAAGAUAGUGAAUAUAAUAUUGAAUGAAGUUUUCUUUUACAUGAAAGUUAGAGUUAAAGGGUUUAAAUUAUUAGUUUGUGUGUUUGAAGUUGGCUUUACUUUUAUUUUUCUUUUAUUAUUAUCAGUUAUGCUUUAUAAAUUAUUAUCUUUAGUUUUUUUAUUUAC